CGGAGCGUCGGGACGCUCCACGUCGUGGCUCUGAAAGCUUCGAUCGAUCGAAUGGAUCGAUCGCGCCGCGUCUAUUCCCUGGUCACUCGAUCUUUCGAGAAAUCGAACGAUCAAUUUCUCGUUGAUACAUGAUCGUUGAUCGAUCGUUCGGCGUUUGAUCGGUUCGUGGUAGAAAGGAUCGAAGGCUCGUCCGACAGUGAAAGUUACCAUCGUCCGGGGUCAUGGUUGUCGCGAGUUCGGUGCAGGUGAACCGCGUGAGUGACAUUCGCGCGUUUCGUGAAUCGUCAGCUACAGCUGGUCACUGUUGGUACCAGUGAGAAAGGAACGAACUGUCAGGGUGAAACGUGAACAGUUUCCUAGCGAUUCCUGGUCAAAGCUCGUGAAAUUCAGUGCCUAUGAAACCGUGAAUAACAAUCUAGUGCGUGACGAUGUCGUCGAGUGGUGAAUUUUCGACAUUGUCCAGUGGUGAAGCUACCGGAACUGGUGAUGAUUCGUUGCCCAGUUCGCGGGAAGCGACCGCGGAAGCCGCGAAUUCCGGGGGUGGAUUCAUGCCCCUCCGCGAGUUUUUGGACAGAUUUUCGUUACCCAGGGUGGUUAGGGUAGAAGGUGCCGGUGGAAGACCGAUAUUGUUGUACAAACAACAACAAAGAUCGUUGAGAGUUACGGCUACCUUGUUGAUGCACCGUUAUCGGCACGACGUCAAAGUUGGACCAGAAAUCGUGAUACCCGAAGGAUAUCCUGGUUGGUUCUCCGUUGUUUCGAAUAACAAUGGUACCGGAAGCGCCAGAGUGUACAGGAGAGUGGGAGCUUUGGUCCGGGCCGGUGUUCCGGCGUUUCUGCUCGCGAAACCCCUUCGAGCUUACACGCUGACGCACUCGAAGAUGGAAAACGGUAAUUUGAGAGCUCAUUACACGAAGACAACGGUGCGCGCAGGGGAAGUACUCCGGCUGGCCGCAGUUUUUCAGGACACCCGAAGGGCGCCGGUCUCCAGCGGCAUUUCCGGUAUCGUUAGCGGCGUUCCGGAAGGGAAGAGUUCAAGGUCAUCGGAACGAGAUCAGUACGCUCAAUGCUUAGAUUCCCACGGGCACGAACUGUUCGCGCCACUUUCGGCGAGAGGAGAAUUCUAUGCUACCUGUCAAAGCGGAAGCCUCGAUACCGGAAGCGACGCUGUGUUGUACAGAGUCCAUCAACUCGCGAGAAGGGACCUCCCACUUAGGGUGAGAUUAGUAGCCGGCCCUUUGCCGAUACCGUUGCCACGAGAUUACAGCGGACUAAUGCAACUGGAGGGUGCAACCAGGGGUCCUAUAGUCUUAGGGUGCGCGGUACCUUUAUUGCCCGAGAGACCUUUACCAAAUUCUACCGUUCCUGAACUUUUGGAGUUAGUUGCCACGGGACCAACAGCCCCCCGAGUGAAAAGGGCACGACUAGGCUGCCCUUCCGAAGCACGGUUACUAGCGUCGCCCAAAAUGCAGCGGUUACUUUCAGCUUGCAGGAGAGCCCUAGACCAGAGGGCAACUGAACCACGCGUGGCGCCACCGAAACCAACCUCCACCAGUGGCCAGUUAAAGGAACUCCAUUUAAAGGAAAUCAAGUCGAAACCGGACGCGAAACCGAUCCUCCAAAGCUUGAAAGAGGGCUUGGAACACAUCAAAAGAACAACCAUCAGGGAUCGGAGUAACAGCAGAGCGAGUAGCAACAACCACAGCUUCCUCGACCGGAUAUCGAGGAUAGCUCAAGGUGGCAGGAGCAGAAAUCCAGCGAAGAAGUCAGCCUCCUUCACGUUUGCCGUCCGCCCGGAAAUCGGCAUGAGGACGGAAAGAUACGCGAGUUUAGAAUCGGAAACGAACUUACUACAGGGUUCUCCUUCCUCGAGGCAGCAAGUUCAACGAUCGGUUUCCACCAGUGUACUGGAGGUUCAGACUCAACAGGAUUUAGAUCCUCCGUAUUCCAAGGUUAGAGACAGCCUAACUCCGUUACCAUCGAUUCCGCCGUCGAAAACGGAGGAAAUUUACGCUGAAAUCUGUGAACCGACGAACGUUGGACCUCCCGAAGAGAAACCUCCGCCCGGAGGAAAGGACGGUAUCGUGGACAAAGACAAGGGUUACGUGAAAUUAGCUUUGUCGCAGUCCGAGCUUUCCGACGCGAACACCUUCGACGAUGAGGAAGGAAUUUAUAACACGAAAGAUGGUCAUCAACGUCCUCGUUAACGCGACGAAGGUUAACAUCGAAAACGGUCGAGGGAAAUUCAUUGAUAGAGAUAACGCGCGACUUCCUGGCUAGACCUGGAAGAACCGUUCCCGUAGAAACGGCGCUGCGCGGCACCGACGGGAUUUACAACGCCAUUUGCCGAAGAAAUUAUCCUCCCCAUGUCUUUUUCUACCCUUUUCCCGCACGGUGUUCUCCGCGGGGAACCGGGCGAAAGAUUUACAAGGCUGUUGACCGGGGAAAAUGAUCGCGUAAUUACGGUCCCGUGCGUGCACGGCGGAUGUAGCGGGUCUCGACGGGACGCUGGGCGACUUCCGGUACCCGAGGAAUCUGUGCUGCGGACGAUCGAUAUUAGCCUUGUCGAAUGACCCGCAUUCGAUCGCGACAAUGAGAUUCACCUUUCGUCAAUCUAAUUUAAUAAUUAGAAGAAGAUUGAAAAAUUUAAUUUUUUAAAAAUCUACCAUGUAAAUUAUUUCGAUCGUAGACUAAGGGAGGAUUAUAAAAUAUAAUAAAUGAUUUUUGUAAAUUUGUUGGUAACCUGUAGUGCAAUGGCUGAAGAAUACUUCAAGCAUUUUGUACAUUUGUUAAUACUCCGCGUACUGGUUGUGAAAGCCCGCGAGGGGAGGUUUGUAAUUUUCUUACUGUAUAGUUAUUACUUGGAAAUACAAUCAUUUGCAGUUAA